AGCCUUCUCCUCGUCCUCGCCGUGGCGGCCACUGCCGCCGCCGUCGGCAUCGCGCCGCACGGCGCGGAGGCGGCAGCGGGCAGGCCUGCUGUGACGGGCCUCGUCACCGGCGUAGUGCCGUGCAGCGCCGGGAGCUCCAUCAACGUCGCGUCGGUCCCGGCGUUCCCCAACGCCGGCGUGCAGAUGAUGUGCGGGAGCAGGGUGGUGGGCGGCGCGACGGCGGACGGCACCGGGGCGUUCACCAUCAACAUGGGCACGCUCAACACGACGAUGCUCAUGGCCAUGGCCGGGAACCAGUGCAAGGUGGUGGUGACCACCCCGCUGGCCGCGUGCGACGCGUCCCUGGCCGGCGUCGCCGGGACGCUGACGGCGCCGGUGCAGCUCCUCGGUGGCAGCAGUGGCGCCGGCGGGCUCGGAGGCCUCGGCAGCAUCAUCGCCCUCGUCGCCCAGAUCCUCAGCGGCCUCCUCGGCGAGAUCCUCAACAUCGUCCCCCUGCCGUUCUCGCUCGUCUAGACCUGGCGGCGCGCGUGUGCCAUUAGACGUACGAUUAUAUCACAUGAUUGUGAUGAUCAAUACAUAAACUAUUGUUAAGCAUAAUCAAUACGUAUAGCGAUGGGCCUAAUGGGCCCAUUACCAUGCAUGAUGCUAAUUUUAAUUAGUUUGUAUCGUGCCAUGCAUCAUGCAUCUAUCUGCUACUACUAUGUAUACACAUCUCAUGGCUGCUUCUAAGAAGCACACAAAUGAUAUAUGUAUUGUUGUGAUGCUAAAGUUGUUUGUUUGUCAAAACUAA